CGAGAAAUGUUAAAAAGCUGAAAAUUGGCGGGAGAGUUUUAGUCUCCAAAGUAGUAGUGGAAGCCCUAGGUUAACUUUCUCGCUCGUCUGCAAACACCAUGGAAGACAGUCCUCAAGGCCUUGUGAAGAAAAGGAGAAGAGAUCGGGAUCAGGAUGACGGCAGCGACCAGAUAGAGCUCGAUGCUUCACCUGAUGACGAUUUCCAGGAAACCCGUCCCAAGCCCAAGCGUAGUCGCACCCAUCCUCCUCCUCCACAGAAUCUCAUUGAGGUUGUCAAAGGCAACGGGGAUCUUAUUUCUAAAGCCGUCAAGAUUUGGGUUGAAAGAUAUCAAGACUCUCCCAGACUUGCCACCAAUGAGCUCUUGUCAAUGCUCUUUCAGGCUUGCGGUGCUAAUUACUCCAUCAAUGAAGAUCUGCUUGAUGAGACUGAUGUCCAUGAUGUUGUCAUUGCCUUUGUCAAUCGUGCUGAAGCCGGGGAAGUUGAAGAUUAUCAGAGUUGGAGAAACAAAGCUCUCAACAACUUCAAAGAAAAUCUUGUUUCAUUCUGGAAUAACCUGAUUAUCGAGUGCCAACACGGACCAUUGUUUGAUAAACUCUUGUUCAACAAGUGCAUGGACUACAUAAUCGCACUGUCAUGUACUCGACCUAGAUUUUACCGUCAAACUGCCACGCUAAUGGGCCUCCAACUAGUUACAUCUUUCAUUUCUGUUGCAAACGCUCUCGGUUCACAGCGACAAACCACCCAAAGACAAUUAAAUGCUGAAACCAAGAAGAGAGCUGACGGGCCUAGUGUGGAGUCCCUCAACAAAAGGUUGUCUGUUACUCAUGAACAGAUAACUACACUGGAGGACAUGAUUCGGAAAAUUUUCACUGGGUUGUUUGUACACCGAUAUCGAGAUAUUGAUAACGAUAUUCGGAUGUCAUGCAUUCAGUCUCUGGGCAUUUGGAUUUUGUCUUAUCCUUCUCUUUUCUUACAAGAUCUGUACUUAAAAUAUCUUGGAUGGACGCUUAAUGACAAAAAUGCUGGAGUGAGGAAAGCUUCUCUAUUGGCAUUGCGAAAACUUUAUGAAAAGGAUGAAAACGUCCCCACGCUUGGUCUAUUCACUCAGAGAUUUUCCAAUCGAAUGAUCAAGAUGGGUAUUGAUGUUGAUAUGUCUGCAGCUGUAUGUGCUAUAGGGCUUGUAAAGCAACUGCUAAGGCACCAGCUGAUACCUGAUGAUGACCUAGGCCCUUUGUACGAUUUGCUUAUUGAUCAACCUCAAGAAAUCAGACGUGCGAUAGGAGAGUUAGUGUAUGACCACUUGAUCACACAGAAGUUUAACAGUUCUCCGUCCAGUCUUACAGGUCCUGAUGAUUCUUCCUCUGAGAUCCAUAUCUUCAGAAUGUUACAACUAUUACAGGAGUUCUCCACAGAUCCGAUUCUUAGUGUUUAUGUAAUUGAUGGUGUUUGGGAGUACAUGAAGGCCAUGAAGGACUGGAAGUGUAUCAUCUCUAUGCUUUUGGAUCAGAAUCCUCGAACUGGGUCUACUACUGACGAGGACUCGACAAACAUGAUCAGACUUCUGUUUGUGUCAAUCAGAAAGGCUGUCGGGGAGAAGAUAAUUCCUUCAACAGAUAAUCGAAAGCAGUAUCACACUAAAGCACAGCGAGAAAUGUUUGAAAACAACAGGAAAGACUUAACGGUGGCAAUGAUGAAGAAUUAUCCACAGCUUCUACGUAAAUUCAUGGCUGACAAAGCAAAAGUGUCGUCUUUGGUUGAGAUUAUUAUGUUCAUGAAACUUGAGCUCUAUUCUCUUAAAAGACAGGAGCAGAGUUUGAAGGCUGCCGUCCGACUCAUAAAGGAUGCUUUUUUCAAACACGGGGAAAAGGAAGCACUAAGAUCUUGCGUCAAGGCUAUAACAUUUUGUGCGUCAGAAAGUAAAGGGGAGCUUCAAGAUUUUUCCCGUGGGAAGCUUAAAGAUCUUGAAGAUGAGCUUUUAGAUAAGCUCACUUAUGCAAUUAGAGAAGUCAAGGAUGGAAAUGAUGAAUACUCCCUCCUUGUAAAUCUGAAAAGGUUGCAUGAGCUUCAAUUGUUAAAGCCUGUGCUUGUUGAGAGCAUGUUCGAUGGGAUUGCUUUGACGCUCCGUAAUUUCAGAAAUUUGGACGAAGAGGUUAUCUGUUUCCUGCUUAUGAAUAUGUACAUGUAUUUGACGUGGUCUCUGCACUCCAUCAUAAAUUGUGAAGCUAUCUCUGAAGCUUCCUUAUCUUCCCUUAUAUCAAAGCGUGAUACUCUGUUUGAGGAGCUUUCGUACUUCCUGAAUGGAAUUGAGGAAUCGAAGAAAUAUGGUAAUCAGCUAUCGCUCAGGAUCUGUGCUAUACUCGCCGAAACAUGGUGUUUGUUUAGAAAGUCAAAUUAUGACUCGAGUAAACUUGAAAGAUUAGGAUACUGUCCCGACAGUGUCUUUCUUGAGAAAUUUUGGAUACUCUGUGCAGAAAUUUUUAACACUUCAGAUGAGACCGAUGAGGAGGAGGAAAAUACGGAAUACGUUGAAGAGACAAACAGAGAUGUUGCAGUCAUUGCUGCCUGCAAGUUGGUUGCUACUGAUGUAGUGCCAAAGGAUUAUCUAGGACCAGAGAUAAUAUCGCAUCUUGGUAUGCAUGGACCUGGUGUAACAGGCAUCAUAAAGAAUCUUAUUACAUGCUUAAGGAAAAAAGAAGAUGACAUCUCUAAUAUCUAUCUGGAAUCCUUGAAAAGGGCCUAUCACCGGUAUUCAAGUGAACUUUCUAGUGGCCGUGAAGAAUCCAGAGUAGAUAAAUGUCUUCAAGUUUGCCGGGAGCUUGCAGGUGGGCUCUCAGAUAUGUAUAUCGGGGCUGCGCGCAACAAAUACAGAUUGGAGAUUUUGAGUGUGGUCAAGGAAGGUGUUGAGUUUACUUUUAGGGACGCCCCAAAGCAACUGUUGUUUCUGGAAGUUGCUAUCCUUCCAUUUGCAACCAGACUCUCAGUGCCUGACAUCAUUGACAUUAAGAAGGACGUUCAAGGGCGUAUAGUGCAUGUUAAUACAGACGAAGAUCCCAGCGGAUGGCGUCCUUGCUUCACCUUCUUGGAAACCUUGGAGGAGAAAUGCUUGAAAAAAAGAGGAUUUACAAGAAGAAAAGGAAGCAGCAACUGUAAGGCGCAGGGACGGCCAAGUAAACGUCCGGAAACAGAGCGAAAGAGACUGUUUGAUGAGCAAAGUGGAAGCGAUGAGGAUGAGUCUAUUAGUGGCGGGUCAGACAGAGAAGAUAAGCUAGACGAGGACGCUCCUCUAAUCGAGACGAUUAGAUCGGCUGCACGAGGGAGAGCGCCUAGGGGCGAACGCCGAUUCCAUUUCUCGUUAGCGUUUGGUCAUUUCAUCAAUCACCCCGGUAAUCCUAAUGUCAUGAUUAGGCCUUACGACUUCCCUUUGUCAGAGACAGAGAUGCGAGCAUACAUUCCGAAUGUAGCUUUCGGAAGCACAAGAGAUGUAAAGAUGGGGAGAUUCGGAAGUUUCUUGUCUAGGACAGGAAGUAAUAGCAGUUUGGAUGCUCCUGCGCUGAAGACACUUGACCGGAGUGGUAUAUUCCACUUGAUGAAUAUAAGAAGAUGCGAAGGAGAUGGAGCUGAAGCCUCUGCGAUGAACAGCAGCAAUAAGGCCGAAAUCUGGAUUCCUGCAUUCUACGAGGGUGUAUACAAGGCUGUUGAUGAUCCUUCAUUGGAUUCAAUUAUCUCGUGGAGCACAAGCAACCGUAGUUUCAUCAUAUGGAAUCCGGAAGAGUUUCACAGAAGAAUUCUUUCGACGUCAUUAAAAUUACUAUCUCCCGAUUACUCAACUUUUUUCUCCCAACUUGAUUUCCAUGGAUUCCAAAGGAUUAAGGGAUCUGGGCAUUUGGAAUUUGGAGAUACUUAUUUUGUGAGAGGUAAACCUGAGCUUAUGAAGGAGAUGCGGAAAAGAUCUGUUCUCAAGAGAAUCCAGAAAGCUAGAGAAGAGGAGCUUGAGGAUCGCUUGCCACUUUUACGAAUUUGAUCAAAAUCAUCAUGCUUGCUUUUCUUUCAAAGAUAGCUAUCUAUGCCUUUCCUUGUUGUUAUCAAGACUUCUUGUGUGUGAGAUGGUAAAAUUUGGCCUUGUUGUUAUGGAGACUAUAAGUAUCUUUCUUGUUGCGACUGAGAUGAUAAAAAUUUGGCUUUGCUCUCUAGUAACUGUGUAUUUGCCAUUGAUUCUGUAUCGUUUAUCUCUCUCAAAGUUGUAAUGAAAUGUUCCAUCAACA